CAAAUGAGUUAGGUGUGUCGAUUCGUGCUAAUACUGAAGAGUGGCAGGUUUAUGGUACAGGUCCAACGUUAGUUGAACUGAUUGAUAUAACAGGUACGAGGAUGAUAACAUGGAAUAAGCUUCGCGCAUUGAGAACAAAGACGUUGAAAGGACGCAAAGCGAAAUGGUUUAGCAUAAUAAAGAAGAAGGUAAUUCGGUAUAUGGAAAGUAGAGAGAUAAUUGACCGUUUUAAGUCGCCAGAUGAGAAUUCGAUGUUUAUGCAAACAAAUGCAAGGAAGUUGUCUGACGAUCGAAGACGUCGUGA